GAUCUACUAGCAAACCAUGGGUGUUCGAGGGCUGGCAUCCUACAUUCGCAGCCAACCAGCUCUUGGCAAUAGAGUAGAUGUGAAAUCUGGAGCCGAUCUGAAAACAAAGUUCUUUAUAGACGGCAACGCUUAUGUGCACCACUUGUAUAUGACCAGUGAUCUUGAUUGGAUCCAUGGAGGCCAGUAUACUGAAUUUGCAGACCUAUUUGUAUCGCAUCUAAAACAAAUGCAAGCGGCUGGUAUUGACCUGAAAAUUUACUUCGAUGGUCCCCUUCACGACAGAAAAGAGCAGACAAGAUUUCUUCGACACCGCGGAAACAUUGAUCGAAUUCACAACGUGCUGAAAAACAUGACAUGGUUGGCACAAAACGCUAAAAGUCCGAGAGCUAAUAGAUCUACAUCGGUAUCACAGCAACUGUUCGUCAUGCCCUUACUGGCACUGGAUGCCUGUGUACAUGCAAUUCGGCAUAACUCUAUCGACUUCGAAUUCUGUGAUGAUGAAGCUGACGGUGAAAUCGCUCGACAAGCAAGAGAAAAUGGGGGUUUUGUCAUCUCCAGAGACUCUGAUUUCUUCGUAUAUAAUCUAGGUACUGCUGGAUAUGUACCACUGGACACGCUUACCAUCAACUCGGAUGGUUUGACUGCCCUGGCUUACCGAUCCAAUAAAAUUGCAAGCCACUUUGGAUUGGAGCCGAAGUAUAUGCCAGUCUUCGCAUCUAUCUUAGGUAAUGACUACCUACCAGCAGACUUGUUUACCUCGUCCAUCAAGGCGGAAUAUAAUCUUGGUGGAAAGAUACCCAAAAACUGGUUCAAAAGAACUGCAGCCUACAUUAAUCAUCAUGCCGAAGAUGCCUCCUCUAUUGAUCAACUUCUCAGUCAGAUCAUAGAGUCUAUAUCGAAUCUUCCUGAAGACUUAACGGCACAUCAGGUCUUGGAAGCUCUACAUGAAUCUAUUCGACAAUAUGAUCCCGACAGCGAAAUUAGCUUCACACCGUCGAGUCCGUGUGAACAUGUUCAAAUACAGGAAGCUAUCUGGAACACUAUUCACGAACAAUACAGGAAUGGAAAGUACUGUUACAAGAUUAUGGAUGUUGUUAUGCGCGAUCGGAAUUUCUGGUGCACACCUUUUAUAGAGGACUUGGAUAGAGAGUCCAGCUGGGUCAUCAGUCGCCAAUUACGCCAAUGGAUGUAUAGCAUUGUUUUGGGAUCAUCAUCUUCUUCUGAACCGUUUGUGCCACUGGAAAUUACGGAGUAUAUUAGGCAUGCGAAUCACCUUGGAAACGACAUUGUUAAGACGGUAUCUUUGUCAGAACUUGGUUCGAUUGCCCAAAUACCUUCACUCUCGCAAUCGACACUAUCGUCCCCUGAUAUUGCAUUGAAAUUGUAUCUCCAGCUUCACCACUGUGAAAUUAAUCACCUAGACCGCUCGCUUCAUCCAACCAUCCUAUCCAUCAUCGCCAUCCUGCGAUAUCUUAUCCAUCACGCUGCCAUGUCCAUUGGAGCAAACAAAGUUGUACAUAAAUUUUCCAAUCACGAAAUAGUCGCCAUCAUCAUAUCUACAGUCGUUUCACUUUCACCGACCCUCUGGCCAAGUCAGCCUCCUCCAUCCAGCACACCAUCUUCUUCUCUCCCAACCAGAAGAGGAUUACAGAUUGCUGCCCAGCUACAAACUACUUUGCUUAGCAGUUACCUUCUUGCGCAAGCAUUGAAUUUAGGCGAGCAUUUGUUUCCUCCUCCAACCCUUGCACAAUAUUUCAAUGGCCAAAGUUUACACCACUAUUUACGGAAUGCUAAAGGUGGAGCUACAAUCGAACGAAUGGUCGGAAAGCAGUCGUUGGAAAUCAGCAGUAUGUGUUACAAGGUACUUGAACUGGUGAUGGCAGGGUGGAACGAGGACGAGGUCAAUAUAGUAUUCCAAUACGCUGAUGACGGCAAUGGCCGUAAGAAGAGCCAGGAUCGUGGCAAAAAAGGAUCCUCCAACAAGAAGAAGCAAAAAGUAACUGAGUCAUCUACCGAUAAUAUGUUCAACGUGUUAAGUUCUGGUUGUCGCUGGUGAAAUACACUAAUUACAUGUAUAAUAAAAAGUUCUUACAAUCACUGUGUUUGCGCGGAAGUUUAUAGCCCAUGCAGAAAUAUGAGCUGGCUUUAUUAAUUAUGAUGGUGUGUGUAUGUAUGUACAGUGAGUGUCUCCUCACAAGGAAGCAAGCGCAUCAUUAAGCGUUCAAUUGGUCAAUGAAUUGACUUGCUAGCAUUCUUGUGGGUCAUGGAUGUGCGACAGUGCGUGCGUCAGUU